GGGGCCCGAUAAGCAUGAGGGCUACGGCUUCGAGCGUGUUCGUUUARUCGUUCUUGUUCGUGUSUGAAGAUUGUUUGUGGAAAGUCAAAGCGUUCCUGUUAUUUCAAGCAAAAUGGCCGAAGAUGGUGAUGCUGAAACUGAAUUGUUGGAUUACGAAGAAGAAGAAAACGAUGCCCCAGCAGAAGGAGCUCAAGCGAUAAAAGAUCAAGCGAAGAAAGAUGUUAAAGGCACCUAUGUCAGCAUCCAUAGUUCAGGUUUUMGAGAUUUUCUUCUCAAACCCGAACUCCUGAGAGCGAUCGUUGACUGCGGGUUUGAACAUCCCUCUGAAGUUCAACAUGAAUGUAUCCCACAAGCCAUCCUUGGUAUGGAUAUAAUCUGUCAAGCAAAGAGUGGUAUGGGUAAGACUGCUGUCUUUGUCCUUGCCACUUUACAACAGCUUGAGCCCGUUGAUGGUCAAGUUAGUGUUUUGGUUAUGUGCCACACACGAGAGUUAGCCUUUCARAUCCACAAAGAGUAUGAAAGGUUUUGUAAGUACAUGAGUAAUAUCAAGAUAGCAGUUUUCUUCGGAGGAAUUAGCAUCAAGAAAGACCAGCAAGUAUUCAAGACCAAYUGUCCUCACAUUGUGGUUGGGACUCCUGGACGGAUCCUAGCACUGACAAGAGAGAAGACCUUGAACCUCAAGCAUGUCAAGCACUUUAUACUUGAUGAGUGUGAUAAAAUGCUYGAGCAAAUUGACAUGAGACGAGAUGUUCAGGAAGUAUUUCGUAUGACACCMCAUGAAAAACAAGUSAUGAUGUUUAGUGCCACUCUACCUAAAGAUAUCCGKCCAGUUUGCAAAAAGUUCAUGCAAGAUCCCAUGGAAGUGUAUGUAGAUGAUGAAACAAAGCUGACACUACACGGAUUACAACAGUAUUACCUCAAGUUACAAGACAGAGAGAAAAACCGAAAGCUGCUUGAUGCCCUUGACGCCUUAGAAUUCAACCAGGUGAUUAUAUUUGUCAAGACAGUAGCAAGAUGUACAGCUUUAGCCAAACUCCUAGUGAACCAGAAUUUCCCAGCCAUUUGCAUCCAUAGAGGAAUGGCACAAGAAGAAAGAUUAUCKAAAUACCAACAAUUCAAGAAUUUCCAAAAGAGAAUCCUAGUAUCAACAGACUUAUUUGGGCGUGGUAUGGACAUAGAACGUGUUAAUAUUGUCUUCAACUAUGACAUGCCAGAAGAUUCAGAUACCUAUYUACACAGGGUUGCCCGUGCUGGUCGAUUUGGUACAAAGGGUCUGGCCAUCACCUUUGUGUCAGAUGAGAAAGAUGCUAAAGUAUUAAAUGAGGUACAAGACAGAUUUGAAGUGAAUGUAGGAGAACUACCAGAGGAAAUUGAUAUUACAUCGUAUAUUGAACAAGCACGUUAAGAAGAAUUCACCAUUUCAACUAAUGCAAGGACGACUUACACAUUUUUGUAAAAAGACGCUGUUUAACUUUUUGAUUUUUUAUUAGAUUUUAAGAAUGUGUGAUAUUUGUUCAUAAAGCUCGUAACUGUAACUAGAGACAUAGAUCUCUUAGUGUUUCUUGUUAAUGCUUUUUUUUUUCGAACUGUAAUCUGACAGCAGUAUAAUAAAGUUUUGUUUAUGUA